GAGGUAAUGUAGACCUAAUCACUAUCUUCUCAGAAGCACCUGCAUCACAAUGUCAACCAAUACAACUCUGGAGCACCCAGCUCUGGCACGAAUCCCCGCAUGGGUACAAGAGAAGCUCUCCCCCAAAGCCGUAGACAUCAUCCAGCGCGUUCACGACUGGGUUGAGAAUGAGUGUAUACCCGCCGAGCCCAUUGUCAAGGCUCAGCUCAAGCAGUAUGGCAAUUGGAAAACUCCACCGCUUAUCACAGAGCUGCGUGCUCGCGCCAAAGAGGCAGGACUGUUUAACUUGUUCUUGCCAAAGAGCUUCGGCAAGUAUUCGCCAGGCCUCACGAAUUUAGAAUACUCUUGUGCUGCAGAGAUCAUGGGCAGGUGCUACUGGGCAGCUCAAACACUGAACUGCCAUGCUCCAGACACCGGCAACAUGGAGCUGCUUGCAAAAUACUGCAACGAAGAGCAGAAGAAGAAAUGGCUAGAACCUUUGCUCAAUGGCGAGACCUUUUCUGCAUAUUCAAUGACAGAGCCUGACGUCGCCUCGUCCGAUGCCACACAAAUUUCCUGCCGGAUAGAACGGGACCCCAAAGAUCCGAAAUGGCUAAUCAUCAACGGAAGGAAGCUAUAUGGCAAUUGCAAGUGGAAUGAAGAGCUUGGCUUUUAUAUCCUCAUGGGCUGCAGCGACCCAAACAAUUCCGAUGCUUGGAAGCGACACACUAUGGUGAUCGUGCCCAAAGACACGCCUGGCUUCAGCAUGAUCCGCAAUCUUACCAUUAUGGGCUACGACCACGCACCCGAAGGCCAUGGAGAGUACCUGUACGAGAAUGCGCGUGUGCCCGCAGAGAACAUCAUCCUAGGCGAAGGGCGUGCCUUCGAGAUAGCACAAGGCCGCCUCGGCCCUGGGCGCAUGCACCACUGCAUGCGUCUCAUCGGACAAACAGAACGUGCUUACGAGCUUGCACUUCUACGCUGCAUAGAUCCCCAGAAGAAGCCCCGUGGUCGCUUCAUUGGUGACUAUGACAGCAACAUCGAGCGUCUUGCCUCGAUGCGCAUGCAGCUUGAUUCUAUGCGACUGAUCGUAAUGAACGCUGCCCACACAAUGGAUGUCAAAGGCAACAAGGCUGGUCGUUACGCCAUUGCACAGUCCAAGAUCAUGGUGCCAGAAACGGCAGCCAAGAUCAUUGAUGAUUGCAUGCAGCUGUACGGCGGGCAGGGCCUCACGCAACAUACCCCGCUGCCCGAGAUGUGGACAUAUGCGCGCUUCGUCCGAGUUGCCGAUGGACCAGAUGCAGCACAUCGCCAUCAAGUGGGUCGAGAUCAACUCAAGACUGCACCAGAAUUCAAGAAGAGGCAUGAAGGAUAUGCAAAGAGGUAUACAGAGCUUUGCGACAAGUGGAAGGUCGAGGAAGAGACAUUUGGGGCGCCCAAGAAGAGGCGCGACUCUGCGAUGUGA